UUCUUUGCUAUACACCCCAAAUGGGACCCAGAGGAUCGUAUUCUCCUCGAUGAGGAAAUGGAUCGCGUGUGGAGAGAUCCGACGCCUGGCCCUUCCUUCCUACCCGCUCUCCGGCCCUCCGGAGAACCGCUGCGGGAUAUCGCAGCCCCCCGGCCUAUCCGAGGACCGGGAGUGUCUGCCAGCGCGUCUGACUUAUCCCCAUUUGAUGUGCCCGACAAUGAUCUACUGGAACAAACCCAGCCGCUGAUGGGGAGUUCCGCCUCUUGGGGAUCGCACACGCACCUGGAUAGGGGACAGCGACCUCCUCCGCGCGAGGACAGCCGCAGGACGGUGCAGUUCGGUCGCGACGAGGGCUCAGAUGGAGACGACGCUGAGGCCAGGGAGUUUCGUCGCUCUCAACGUCAUCUACAUUAUAAAUCUAGAAAAUAUUCAUUACAAGAGGGUGGACGAGUAGCAGGUGGCAUGAGUGGCAGCGGCGAGCGCAGGGUAUCGGUGGCUCCUGGCGAGGAGCCUCUCCCAGAGGUGGACUUGGACGAACUGGCCAGCCAUAGGACUGAUGACCCACAUGUGGGCAGACACAAAACUGACAAACCUUCGUCAGUUCAUUUGGGCCGUAAGGAAGCAGGCGACAAACUACAGAACGUUCUCCCUGAGGGCACGUACAAGAAGAUGUAUGACCAUAGCCCACAUGCGGUCUUCGUCCAACUGGACGAGCUUCUUUGCAACCCCGAGGGAGAAUCCGAAUGGCAGGAGCGAGCCAGGUGGAUCAAGUACGAGGAAGACCGUGAGGAGGGCUCAGACCGGUGGGGGAAACCUCACGUGGCAUCACUCUCCUUCCACUCACUCCUGAACUUGCGACGGUGCCUGGAAACUGGAGUGGUCCUCUUGGAUCUGGAUGAGAAAGACCUACCUGGUGUUGCGUAUAGAGUGGUCGAGAACAUGGUGGAGUCCCAGCUGAUCGAGGAAGACGACAAGCCAGUCGUGAUGCGGUCGCUUCUUCUCCGCCAUCGCCAUGUCCACGAGGACAAGGGCUUCAGAUUCUCCAUCGGCGGCCGCAAGCACGCGUCGUACACCAGCCUCCAGUCGCUGUGGGUGGAGGAGCCUGGGAUCCCUCGCGCGCGCUGCUCGCUGUGCUCCGCGACCGGGCUCUGUCGUCGCCACAGCGCGCACCUCAUCAAUCUAUCGGACCAGCGCCGUCGGCGCAGCUCCCAUGCGCUGCCUAUGGACCGUUCUGAACGCAAAAAAUCCUCUUCGGCGGCCAUCGAUAUGAAAGAAGUGGAGUACCUUGCUUCUACCAUCGUCGAUGGCUCUCAAGACGAGCUGCGAAAAGGACACAAUGAAUCCAUCAUGAAGCGCAUUCCAGAAGACGCCGAAGCUACUACCGUCCUAGUAGGAGCUGUUGGCUUCCUUGAACAGCCUACCAUUGCCUUUGUGAGGCUCGCCCAUGGCAUCCAGAUGUCGUCCAUCACUGAAGUACCCAUCCCCGUCCGAUUCAUGUUCAUCCUCCUUGGACCUAGCGACGCUGACUUAGACUACCAUGAGGUUGGUCGCUCCAUCUCAACCCUAAUGUCUAACCCAGCGUUCCACUCCAUCGCCUACAAAGCAGACGACCGGCGUGAACUGUUGUCGGGUAUCAAUGAAUUCCUUGACGACUCCAUUGUCUUGCCGCCCGGCGACUGGGAGCGUCAAGCACUUCUACCCAUCGAGGAACUGCGGGCCAAAAGCGAAAUGAUUCGGCGACGCAAGCGUGAUGCAAUAGAAAAGAAGGCACGUAAAGAGAAAGCUGCUGUGGCUGAGACAACACCCUCCGAUGAGAAGAAGGCGUUGCUUGAAGCGGAGAAGGGGUCCCCACCACCUAAGGAACCUGAUGACCCGCUGUCAAGAACUGGCCGCCUAUUUGGAGGCGUUAUCCGUGAUAUCAAGAGACGUUACCCAUUCUACAUGUCGGACUUCACCGACGCCCUGAACGGGCAGUGCGCAGCUGCGACGAUCUUCAUGUACUUCGCCGCUCUCUCGUCUGCCAUCACCUUCGGCGGUCUGCUUGCAGAAAAGACACACGGACAAAUCGGGAUAUCUGAAACACUGGUAAGAUUCACUGAAGACAUCUUCGCGUUCCUCAUCUCCCUGAUCUUCAUCGGGGAGCCGAUCACCAACAUCAUCAGCGUCUACCGGAACCAUCCGCUCGGCGUCGACUACUGCGCUUUCCAGAACCAAACCCACAACUCCACAAUGCCUGAUGUCAAUGGCACUGGAAUCUUGGACAACUCCACCGUCACAGUGACCCCACAGCUCCCCAUACUGCCGAAACCCAACACAGCCUUGUUCUGCACAAUACUGACACUGUCCACCUUCAUCAUAGCCUACUACCUGAGGAUCUUCAGAAACGGAAAGUUCCUGGGUCGCAGUGCUCGCCGUGCUCUCGGAGACUUCGGUGUCCCAAUUGCGAUCGUCCUCAUGGUUGGAAUCUCUCGCCUCGUCCCCGUCUGGACAGAAACCCUGCGGGUCCCUGAAGGUCUCAGCCCCACAGCCGACCGGUCCUGGCUGGUCCCUGCCAACCCUGGCCUGGAGACCAUCCCCUUCUGGGCCAUGCUUGUGAUGGCGCUCCCUGCACUUAUGGUCUACAUCAUUGUCUUCAUGGAAACGCACAUCGCUGAGCUCAUCGUUGACAAGCCCGAGCGGCGCCUGAAGAAAGGCAGCGGUUUCCACAUGGACAUAGUGAUCAUGUCGCUGGUCAACGGAGUCUGCGGCAUGUUCGGAGCGCCCUGGCAGUGCGUGGCCACCGUCCGGUCCGUCAGCCACGUGUCAGCCUUGACGGUUAUGUCCACCACCCACGCGCCUGGUGACAAACCGCACAUCGUCGAGGUUAAAGAACAACGGCUAACCGGUCUUCUGGUCUCCAUCCUGUGCGGAGUGUCGGUGCUGGCCGCAGGCUGGCUGCGCCUGGUGCCCAUGGCCGUGCUCUUCGGCGUGUUCCUGUACAUGGGUAUCUCUGCCCUGGGCGGCAUCCAGUUCUGGGACAGAUGCAUCCUGCUCCUGAAACCUGUGAAGCAUCAUCCACAGGUUCCUUACGUGAGACGGGUCCCGACUCUGAAGAUGCACAUGUACACGCUGAUCCAGCUAGCUGGUAUCUGUGUGCUGUACACAGUGAAGUCCUCGCGCUUCUCGCUGGCGCUGCCAUUCUUCCUGGUGCUGAUGGUGCCUCUCCGGAUGGCGCUGGUGUAUCUGUUCACACCACUCCAGCUGAGAGCGUUGGAUGGCGCCCAGAAGGACAUUGACAAGGACGACGAGCCCGACUUCUACGAGGAGGCUCCUCUGCCCUAAGCAUCUCGUCAUGCCACUCCAUCAUAAUUUCAGCCAGUCACAGUCCACUGCUGGACAUUUCAAGCCACCCCAAGGAGCAGGAAACGGCACGAUCUCCCGCUUUGUCAUGUAGCCCCUGCCAGCUACAUUCUUGAUGUCCUUGGUCCACCGUAAAAUAAGCAUCUGUCCGUUAUUAAUUUUAGUGGUAUCUUCAACCCAGUGGACUGAACAUUCCAUUUUGUGAGCUUCUGGGUGGGCCUGGAAAUAAGCAGUAUUCGUUAUUGCUCAAAUAAUAUAUAAAUGACCUAAGGAUAGUCGCGUUUACAGGGCUCAAACUGUUUACUGCUCUUUCUUGUUUGGGCUUGAUUACUAUCAAAUAUUGACAUUCAAACGAUUUAAUAAGGACUUAAGCUAGUCACAUUGUAUAAAUAAUUAAUGUAGGUUAAGUAUUUAGGAUUGACAUUAAAGUAAUUUUAGAAACAAAUAUUAUAUAUUAAUCAUCGAAGCAGCUGUAGUUGAAUAUUAGAGUAGUUUGUAUUUGCUCCGAAACUAUCGAAACGAUUGUAAAAUCCCUUCACUAUUAGAAUUCUACAUUAUCCCUUAUGAAAUUAAGCCUUAAGCUAAAGAAUAUGCACGGAUAGAAACAUUCAUUGAUAAACCGAAAUUAACGCGGGCGAAGCCGCCGGCAAAAUCUAUAAUCGCACUAAUAUUAUAAAAAUGCUCUGGAUGUAAGUAGGUAUGUCUGUCCCGGACUGAUAGCGGAAAGCGACUUUGUUUAAUUACCUAUACCUACUAUUAUAUACUGUAUGUAGCUAAUGAUGAUAAACGUAGGCAGUAUGAAGUUCAGUUCCCUGGGUCAGCUAAUGUAAAAGAUAAGAAAUAAUUAAAAAAUAGAAAUAAUUCAAAAUUGUGCCAAAAUAAUGAAAAUAUUUG